GAGUUAGAACAGCUUCGGCUGGAAAAGCAACGUCUGCAAACAGCUGAUAAAGAGCAUCUCGUUCUUGAGAACAAUGAGAUGUCGAAAAGAGUGCAGACGGUCGAAGAGCGCAUGAUAGCGAUGACUGCUGAGUGCCGCAAGAUGGAGGAAACCAGCGAGGAGCUUCAGCAGAAAAAUGAAAAGCUGAAUGCGCAGCUAGAGCGAGAAACAGCUCGGGCAGAGAAGGAGUUAGAACAGCUUCGGCUGGAAAAGCAACGUCUGCAAACAGAGACUCGAAACUUAGAGGCGAUGACUGUUGAGUGCCGCAAGAUGGAGGAAACCAGCGAGGAGCUUCAGCAGAAAAAUGAAAAGCUGAAUGCGCAGCUAGAGCGAGAAACAGCUCGGGCAGAGAAGGAGUUAGAACAGCUUCGGCUGGAAAAGCAACGUCUGCAAACAGAGACUCGAAACUUAGAGGCGAUGACUGCUGAGUGCCGCAAGAUGGAGGAAACCAGCGAGGAGCUUCAGCAGAAAAAUGAAAAGCUGAAUGCGCAGCUAGAGCGAGAAACAGCUCGGGCAGAGAAGGAGUUAGAACAGCUUCGGCUGGAAAAGCAACGUCUGCAAACAGAGACUCGAAACUUAGAGGCUGAUAAAGAGCAUCUCGUUCUUGAGAGCAAUGAGAUGUCGAAAAGAGUGCAGUCGGUCGAAGAGCGCAUGAUAGCGAUGACUGCUGAGUGCCGCAAGAUGGAGGAAACCAGCGAGGAGCUUCAGCAGAAAAAUGCAAAGCUGAAUGCGCAGCUAGAGCGAGAAACAGCUCGGGCAGAGAAGGAGUUAGAACAGCUUCGGCUGGAAAAGCAACGUCUGCAAACAGAGACUCGAAACUUAGAGGCUGAUAAAGAGCAUCUCGUUCUUGAGAACAAUGAGAUGUCGAAAAGAGUGCAGUCGGUCGAAGAGCGCAUGAUAGCGAUGACUGCUGAGUGCCGCAAGAUGGAGGAAACCAGCGAGGAGCUUCAGCAGAAAAAUGCAAAGCUGAAUGCGCAGCUAGAGCGAGAAACAGCUCGGGCAGAGAAG